CAGGGCCACGUGAGCCAGGCUCCCUGCUGGGGGAGGGCGUGGGGGCAGGGCUUCAAGAUAAGCCCCCUAGGCUGAUGGGAAAGGCAGCCUUCCUAAUACGCUGACCUCCCCAAGGCAGGGGGUGGGGCGGAAACCCUUCUCUAUGCAAAUAUCCCCAACCCCCCAUGCCUUGGAGGCCCAGCUGAGGAGGGAGAAGGGGCCCCCUCCUGCCACCUGGAUUUAUGGGAAUGUCCUCCCCACCAUCGUUUAGAUAUUAACUCAGGGGACAGGCCAAGGCAAGGCAAACAGAGCAGAGCUGGGGUGGACCAGAGGACAAGCAUCUGUGGCUCGUGGCCCCACAUCAUCCUCCCACCGCCAUGGAUGUGCCCUGGCCCCUGGGGUUGAUUCUGCUCCUCCUGGGGGCCCAAGUCGUCCAUGCUGAGCCACUGUACAUGCUGGUGACCCCCCGGGUCCUGCGGGUCAGCAGUCCAGAGAACAUCCAUGUGCAGGCUCACUCAGACUCCGGAGAGCCCCUCACCAGGCCCCUCGAGGUCAAUCUCACCGUGUGGGACUUCCCCAUGAAGAAGACCAUCGUGGCCAGGAGCCAGCUCAUUCUCUCACCAGAGAACAACUUUAUGGACCAGACACCGGUGACGAUUCCCAAGAAACUGGUAUACCCCCCGCAACCAGGGACACAGUAUGUCAUCAUCCAGGCAAGAUGGGCACCCACCUCCGUCUCUUCAUCCAUGGAGAAGCUGGUGCUGGUGGCUCCUCAUGCUGGCUACAUCUUCAUCCAGACAGACAAGACCAUCUACACACCUGAGCACUUGGUUCAAUACCGGGUGUACACUGUGGACCACAAGAUGGAUCCUGUGACCAGGACAUUCACUCUGGACAUCAAGAACCCUCAAGGGGUCACUGUGAUCAGCCAAGACUUCCAGGCCAAGGAUGGGGUCUUAGCAAGCUCCUUCCCCCUCCCAGAGCUCAUCAGUCUUGGGACCUGGAGCAUCGAAGCCAGUUACCAAAGUGCGCCCAAGCAGAAGUUCAAGGCAGCCUUUGAGGUGAAGGAGUACGUGCUCCCGUCUUUUGAGGUCCAGCUGAAACCAAACAAGACUUUCUUCUACCUCAACGACUAUGCUCUGGGUGUGAACAUCCAAGCCCAGUAUAUAUUCAACAAGCCAGUGAAUGGACAUGCUCUGGCCAUCUUCGGGGUGAAGCUGGAUUCUCGUCAGAUAUCCAUCCAGAAGUCCCUGCGGAGGGUGGAGAUCUCUGAAGGCCAAGGCCAUGUCACCCUCCAGAAAGACACACUGAUGGCUGAAUUCCAAGGCCCAGAAGAGGACUUCAUCGGGGCCUCGAUCUUUGUCAAUGUCACUGUUUUCUCCUCAGGGGGUGAGAUGGUCCAGGCUGAGACCUCUGGGGUGAAGAUCGUCCGGAGCCCGUACAACAUCAAGUUCACCAGGACACCCCAGUAUUUCAAGCCAGGGAUGCCCUUCCACUUUAGGGUCUUCGUCUCAAAUCCUGAUGGGUCUCCAGCUUCCAGAGUCCUUAUCCGCUUCAAAGACCACAGAGUACACACCUCAUCCAGUGGGGUGGCCACUCUGACCAUCAAUACAAAUGCAAAUAUGCAGGAACUCCCUAUCCAGGUGGAAACUGAUGAACCUCUCAGGCCAGAGGAGCAAGCUUCAGCCACAAUGACAGCUUGGCCUUACUCAACUCAGGAUAAUUCAGGAAAUUUCCUGCACAUUGAGGUGAAAACUUUGGGCACAGAGGUUGGCAGCAACAUCCAACUGAGUCUCAACACAAGGCAUCAAAAUCCUGCAACCAAGAACCAGAUCCGUUAUUUCACCAUUAUGGUCCUAAGUAAGGGCAGGAUUGUGUAUGCCAAACAUCAGGUGAAAAGUCAAGGGAGUGUCUACACAUCAGCCAUCAUUGAUGUGACUUCAGAGAUGCUGCCCUCCUUCCGCAUUGUGGCCUUUUAUUUACUUCCCAGAGGAAGAGGCCAGGAUCCUGAACUGGUGGCUGAUUCCAUUUGGAUUGAUGUGAAUGACAGAUGCAUGGGGACGCUAAAGGUUGGUAUGAAGAAUGAAGGAUACCUCCAGCCUGUACAGCCCAGCAGCCGAGUGGAAGUGAAGGUGACAGGUGAUGCAGAGGCCACAGUGGGGCUGGUGGCUGUGGACAAGGCUGUCUAUGUCUUGAACAGCAAACAUAAGCUCACACAGAAGAAGGUCUGGGAUACAGUGGAGGAACAUGACAUUGGCUGCACAGCAGGCAGUGGAAAAGACAGACUUGCUGUGUUCAAGGAUGCUGGGUUGGACAUGAAGAUGAGCACAGGGAUGGACACCUUGGCAAGCUCAGACUGGCAGUGCCCCAAGACCUCCCCUCCCACCCGUCAGCGCCGCUCCCUGAAAAGGCUGGAGACCAAGAGGAAUGCAGUGAACAAGUUCGAGACUGAGCUGGAACGAAAGUGCUGCGAGGCUGGACUCCGGGAGAGCCCAGCGGGGCUGUCCUGUGGGGAGAGGACCCGGCAUGUCCGCUAUGGACCAGACUGCGUUGCCGCUUUCCUGAGCUGCUGCCGUCUGUCUGAGGCCCUGACUCGAGAGGCCCGGGAGGAGCAGCUGCUUCUGGGGACAAUGGAUGAAGACGAGGACUUCGAUGACAUCUUCCUGGAGGACCAGCCCGUCCGGAGCUUGUUCCCUGAAAGUUGGUUCUGGAGGAAGAUUACUUUGCCACAAAGUGAAUCGGGCAUCUCUGACUUGAUCACCUCUGUGACCGUGCCGGAUUCGAUCACCACAUGGCAGUUUGUGGCCAUCAGUGUCAAGGCUGGACAAGGUCUUUGCGUCUCGGACCCCUUUGAGCUGACAGUUACGAAAUGGUUCUUUGUGGAUCUUAAGUUGCCCUUCUCGGUGAUCAGAAAUGAGCAGGUCCAGAUCCAAGCUGUGCUGUACAAUUUCAUGACCAACCCAGUCAAGGUCCGAGUGGAGUUCCCCUACAAGGAGUCACUGUGCAGUGCAGCAAAGCCAGGAGCCCCCUCCCGCCAGGUGGUGACCGUGCCCCCCACCUCCUCCAAGAUGGUGCCCUUCGUGCUUCUCCCACUGGAAAUAGGCAAAGUGGACGUGGAAGUCAGGGCUGGGGCCUUUGGGAUCCAGGACCACGUGAGGAAGACACUCCUGGUCCAGGCAGGGGGUCAGAUCAAGCAAGUAUCCCAUAGCAUCUUCCUGAACCCCCAAGGUCAGACCCAGACGGAGCUGGUGCCAAAACAGGAAAUUUUGGACAAGACACCCAACACAGAAGCGGAAGUGUUUGUCAGCGUCCAAGGUGACAUCCUUGCCGAGACCAUCCUGGGCAGCCUGACACCCAGAGAAACACAGCGACUGCUGAGGGUCCCGACUGGCUGCCCGGAGCAGACUCUGAGCUCUCUGACACCUGCGAUCAUCCUGACCCGCUAUUUAGAUGCCACGGGCCAGUGGAACAAGGUUGGGGUGGAGCACAGGGAGAUGGUGAUGAAGAAUAUUGUCAGCGGUUACAGCCGGAUGCUGACCCACCGGAGUGCAGAUGGCACCUACCACACCAGCAAGGGGAACCCAGGAAGCACCUGGCUCACGAGUUACGUGUUCCGGGUCUUUGCCCUGGCCUACCCCAUCAUGAGCUUCAGUGUGCUCGACCUGCCAUCUCUCUGUGGCCUCGCCAAAUGGAUCAUCAACCAGAGGCAGGAGAGGGAUGGGAGCUUCUCAGAGGAAGGCCCUGUGGUCAUGGCAUCCAUGCAGGGUGGCUACCAAGGCUCCGAGGCAGACGUGUCCCUCACAGCUCUUGUCCUGAUUGCCCUGAAUGAAGGGAAGGAGUUGUGCCACCAGGAGAUACCGAAUUUGGAAGCCAGAAUGAAGAAAGCCACUGGCUUCCUGGAGGAAAAACUCUUCCAGAUUCAGACAACUUUUGCCAUAGCCAUAGUCUCCUACGCUCUGGCCCUCUCCAGAAGCCCCCGAGCCAAUGACCGCCUGGACAGAUUUGCCAGUCUGGACAAAACCUAUUGGCCAGUGGACGACCUGAACAAGAACUCCUUAUACAGCAUUGAGGCCACUGCCUACGCACUGAUGCAGAAGCUGGAGCUGGGUCGGCUCAAUGAGACGUUUGCCAUCGCCAAGUGGCUCCUGGAGAUGCGGGAGCUGGGAGGAGGCUUCCAGUCCACCCAGACCACGGUCGUGGCCAUUGAGGCCCUCACCCGCUACAGUGAGGCUGUCCCCUUUGAUGGUAUCCAGAAUCUCCACGUCCAGAUCAAAGCCCCCAAGAGAGCCUUGAAUGUGCAAUGGUCCAUCGAUGAGAAUAACGCCUACCAGUUGCGAUCAGCAAAGUUCUCGGCCCAGGAUGACCUAGAGAUCAAAGCCAGCGGCAGUGGAAGAGGCACCAUCUCGAUCCUGACCAUGUACUACAGGUCCCCAGAGUUCUGGAAGGACACCUGUAACCUGUACCAUCUGAAUGUGACUCUUCACACAGCCCAAGAAGAGAAUAAAAAGGGGGAAGAGACCUUUCAGCUCCGGAUGAAAACAAGAUUCCAGGGUUAUCGAGAGGCCACAAUGACCAUCAUGGAGGUCUCCCUGCUCACCGGCUUCUACCCCAACCAAGAUGACCUCAAACAGCUCACAAGUGAAGUGGAGAGGUACGCUUUCCAGUACGAGACCAAGACGACCACCAGCGACAGCACCGUGGUCCUCUACCUGGAGAAGCUCUCCCACAAGGAAGACACGGUGCUGGGUUUCCGGAUCCACAGGAUGCUGCAGGCGGAGUUCCUGCAGUCCGCCCAGGUCACGGUCUACGACUACUACGAACCUUCCCGCAGGUGCAGCUCCUUCUACAACCUGCCCACAGAGGACUCUUCCCUGCGGAAGAUCUGCCAUAAAGACGUCUGCAGAUGUGCCGAGGAACAGUGCCCAUCUCCUAAGAAGGACAGCAACCAUGUGAGGCAAGAGGAGCUCCAGGUAGCAGCCUGUGAGAUAGGCGUGGACUUUGUGUACAAGGCCAGGCUGGAGUCUGUGGAAGCCUCCACCUCCAACCCCUACAUCUACUACAACAUGCAGCUCCAAGCCAUCAUCAAGAGUGGCACAGACUCUGUCAAAUCCCUUACCAUGAAGAAAUUCGUCUCCCACACCACCUGCCAUGACUCCCUGGGGCUGGAAGAAAAUGAGACAUAUCUCAUCAUGGGCCAGACAUCAGACCUGUGGAGAGUCAAAUCUGAAUAUACUCAUGUCCUGGGUAAGGAGACAUUCCUCAUGCACUGGCCGGCGGAAGGGACAGCGGGCAAGAAGGAAUUGCUGGACCAGCUGGAGGGGUUUUCGGAAUAUAUGCGUACCCAUGGCUGUGAGUCCUGAGAUCUGGAGGCCUCUGCUAUUCUCAGGGAGUUGUCUCCAAGCAGGCCCGGGGCCACCGGGCUUAACCCCAAUAAAGAGCAUGGGCUAUCUUGCCCAAACUCCA